CACAAAGCGUCGUCUUUUCCUGCAGGCGGUUGGCGUGUAGUGGGCUCCCGCACGCAGCUUCGGGCGCCUCACCUACGAGGGUCGGUGUGUGGCCCUGGCCCUUCUGCAAGACUCCUCUUAAAAGAGAGACGCGCUGCGUGCUUUUUUCCAGGGAGGAGGACGCCCGGAGCUCGACAUCCAUCCGCAGCCGGCCGCACCAUGGCACCAUCCCUCAUCCGAGCUUGCCGCAGUCUGGCUCUCUCGACGUGGCUGCUGUCGUUUUGCUUCGUCCACCUGCUGUGUCUGGACUUCACGGUGGCAGAGAAGGAGGAAUGGUACACAGCGUUCGUCAACAUCACCUAUCUGGACCCCGUCACCUCGGAGGUCAGGACGGAGAAAACCGAGUGCGGUCGGUACGGUGAGCACUCGCCCAAGAAGGAAGCCAGAGGUCUGGUCCUGGUGCCGUCGCUCCUGCAGGACAGACAGGCGUGCGACCCCCACGUCAGGUUCCCACCUGUCGCUCACAGCACCGCCUGGGUGGCCUUGGUGGCUGCGGGGAAUUGUACGUACAGAGAGAAAAUCCGUAACGUAGCAAACCUCAACGCCUCUGCAGUUGUCAUAUACAAUGUGGGCUCCAGCGGUGCCAACGACACCAUAACCAUGCCCCAUCCAGGUACAGGUGAUGUUGUGGCCAUCAUGAUCCCAGAGCCUAGAGGCCGUGAGAUCGUGGCCUUGCUGGAGCAGGAAAUCGUGGUCACGUUGCACAUCACUAUAGGAACCCGCAACCUGCAGAAGUACGUGAGCAGAACAUCGGUAGUGUUUGUCUCCAUCUCCUUCAUCGUGCUCAUGAUCAUCUCCCUCGCUUGGCUCGUCUUCUACUACAUCCAGAGGUUCCGCUAUGCAAAUGCACGAGACCGCAACCAGAGACGUCUUGGAGAUGCUGCCAAAAAAGCCAUCAGCAAGCUUCAAGUACGCACCAUUAAGAAAGGAGACAAGGAGACUGAGUCAGACUUUGACAACUGUGCAGUUUGCAUUGAAGGCUAUAAGCCUAAUGAUGUUGUAAGGAUAUUACCAUGCAGGCAUGUCUUCCAUAAACACUGUGUAGACCCAUGGCUACAAGACCACCGGACGUGUCCCAUGUGUAAAAUGAACAUCCUCAAAGCUUUAGGAGUCCCACUCAACGCAGACUGCUCGGAUGAGAUCCCUCAGGACUACGAGAUGUCCGUCGGAGGUCCAGGCACCAACCCCAUCAGUGGGGCGAGCGAAAUCACAGUUAACGAGAGCUCGGUAGUGCUGGAUCCAGCAGGCAGAGCGAUAGACCUGCAUCCUGAUGCAGAGACAGCGCUUCAGGCAGGGGAGAGCCACAUCAUUGCCAGCAGUGAGCACCAGCCUCCGCUAAGCAGUGAUUCAGACACUUCUUUCAUCAUGGGCGUGGAGGUAGGUAUGUCUGAAAUAGACCUGUCCACAGAGCAGGAAUGUGACGAGGCCAAAUCCAGAGCAAAUUAGAGAUGUGAAAAAAGCAUGAAUCACCAGGAAAAGGAGGAAGAGAGCAUGACAGAAUGAACGGGGGCUCCCAGACAUUUGCCACAUCUUUGGCCCCUGGAGGAAGUGACCUCAUAGAAGAUGGGCAAAUGAGCAAUACAACUCAUAGCAGCACAAAACAUCAUGUUCUGUCUGUACUACCUGAGAUACAGACUUGUCCCUGAGUCUGUGGACAUGUAGCUUGCUCAUUUUCUUGCAGUCACACUUCACCAUUUUGUUGGUGAACACAGCUCUCAUGGUCCAGUUUCGGUCCUCGUAAUUUUUUCACAUCUUAAACUUGGCGUCUAAAAUACACAUAUAGUAACUGAGAUGAUGGUGGCCAAAGUUAUUCUCCUCACUCUGGCAACCUAAACCUGCUGCUGGGCACAAUAUGAGCAUGGGAGCAGCAGGGCCUCUGUAACACCCGAUUGCAGCUUUAAUUAUUUAAGAAUAUAUGCAGAUUGUUUGGUUUCUUGGUAUGAGAUCACUGCCAACAUAUUCCAGAAGUAAGUUUUACUGAUGUGAUGGAUACGUAGCACAUACAGAACCUAUAUCAGCAAUUUCUUAGGAGUCUCUAACAGUUGGUGUGAAUUCCCACCAGCAAUUUUUCAACUUCUGACAUGGGUAACUUGUAUUAUCCCCUCACAACUUGAAGCAUAGGUCUUUAGGUUCAUAUGGCCAUGUGGCAUUAAGGAAUUGAAACGUGUAUACUCACAUUAUGCUGUAAUUUCUAAAUGUAACUGUUUUUGUUACUGUUGUGUGGAGAACUUCAUUUUUAACUACUAUUUUACCAACUGAAUAUUUUUGUUGUCGAGAAGAAAUAACCAAAACACAAGGUAGAUAUUUCUGUCCUCACAUUUGACAAUCAUAGCUUGCCACAAGCAGUUUGAUGUGAUGUCACCCACUGCCCUACUGAAACUGCUGCUGAUUUACAAGGUAUCGCGACACAAGAUGUUGUUCCCAGCUGUCUGUCGGGAAGGAAAUGUGCAUGUUCACACUGCGGCUGAGUACAACUAGCUAUAGCAGUUGUCACUAUCAAAUUCUGGCGGUGUGUACAUACCGUAAACAAACUUCCUGUUCCUGUUAAGCCAGCCAGUAUAAAUAUUUCAACAAGUCUUUGUGCCAAGUUUAUCAGUAGUAUUUUAAACAUUGCUGUUUUUCUCAUGCACUGAUUCCCUUGGCUGUCACUCAAGCUCAAGUGGCACUAAAUCUGUGCAUGAUGUGAAACUGAAGAAAUAACAUGAGGAUAUAGAAUGAGAUGGCUUAUUUGAAAGGAGGACUCUGCUUGGUGGAAAAAGGGGGUAACUUUUUCAUUUGAAAAGGUCAGAUUUUUAAUUUGAGGGAUUUGAUUCUCCGAGCGUGAGUUUUGUUUUUUUUUUUUGUUUUUUU